UUUACUCUCACUCGCUUUGGAUGCCCCCGCCGAAAGUCCCCCACCGGCCACAGGUAUAAAACACCCGGGUGCACCAUCCCAGGAGUCACAGAGCAGCCGCAGCACAGCUCAAGCCAACAUGAAUCCUCUGAUCGCGUGCGUACUCGUGGGAAUGGCAGGGGUCACUCUAGCCGAGCCACCAUCGGGUUACAACUACAACAGGCCAUCGGGAGGAUUCGGCGGCGGCGGCGGCGGUGGAUUCGGGGGUGGUUUCGGCGGUUACUCCGGCGGUGGUGGCUUAGGAGGAGGCGGUGGCGGUUACACUCAAGUCUCGUCGGGUGGUUACCAAUCGAACGAAGGUGCCAACGUCGAUCCAGCGCUCUUGGAACAAUUGAAAUCCAUCAUCAUCAAGGAAGAGGCAUCUAGCGGAGCUGGUGGUUAUUCCGGCGGCGGCGGUGGUGGCUUCGGCGGUGGUUAUCCAAGUGGUGGCCCAUCCGGUAGCUACGGACCACCAUCCGGAAGUUAUGGACCACCAUCGAGCAGCUACGGUGUUCCUGGAGUCGGUGGUGGACGUGUCGUCGGCAUUGAUUUUGAAAACAUCCGUCAAGCUAUUGAAGUAGCUCAACUUCAUCAGGCUAGCCAAGGAUCCGGUGGUGGAUACCCAAGCGGUGGUGGCGGUGGAUACCCAAGUGGAAGACCAAGCAGCAGCUAUGGAGCUCCAUUCUAAACUUGUCUAACCCAACCAUUGAUUAUUCCUUUGUUCUAAUCUCCGCUCAAGAUUCGGCUCUGGAUGCACCAUCAACUCUGUCAGCGAAUAUCGACUUCUACACCAAAUCUCUAGCGGAAAUUUAGCAAAACAAAAAGAAACCACCACCAACACCCCUCCGCACACAACUUUUUUCUCUCUGCACAUCAGCCUUUUUUCUUUCUUGAUUUUUUUUAAUAAGCAUCAUUAAAAGUGAAGAGGCGAUCAGCCUUGACCUCGCGGGACCAUAAAAGAAGGAAAAAAGAAAAAUUAAAACACUGAUGUCGUCAAAGUGUCCCGAGAUAGUACAAUGCAGUCGCUGAAGGUACCGCAAUGGCGCAAAGACAACGGAUACAAUAAGAACGAAGCUGGAGGAUAUACAUAUAUAUCCAAGCCAAGCGCCAAUAAAAAUAAGUGAUCAAAUCUACACUAAAGCGUUCGCGCAGAUAUGAACGCUCUUGUAAAUAAUUACACACGUUACACACGACCACUCUUAUAUUUUUUUUUGUCGAUCGAUAAGACAAGGAGGAUUUACACAUGAACACACGCACACAAGAUACUCAAAAACUCGUUUUUUUUUACUUCGUACUCGUAUAACAAUUUUUUUGUGUAUUAUUAUGCGCUAAUGUUUUAUUUUUUAUCGUGUUCGUAACCAACCGAGGAUUUUUUGUACUUGUAUAAAGGCUUAAUUUUUUGUAGAAAAAUAAAAAAAAUCACGUCGCCACCGUUGAA